CGCUGCUGUAAAGGAUCCUCCUCUGCCCGCACUAAUCCGGCUCCGUUACACCCGGGAUAGAAGAGGUUGCUCCCUCCGGGCGCUGCCACAGUGUGGAUGCUGCCCUCCUGACCACCUUCUACACUGGGACCCAGGAGCCUCGUCAAACCAGAAGCACCACAGGGCAGCUGUCUCCUACCCAGAGCGUCCUCAUGGAGCAGGGCAGUGGGGUGGGCAGCACACCCAGCGCUGGGGGGGCUGGUGGCAUGGCCCCCCCUGAAGCAGACAGCAGCACAACCCAGCUGGCCCCAGCGGCUCCACAAGCUGCCCAGUCCCAAGGCGGGAAGACAGCACCCAUGGAGGGGACAGUGCCAGCUGCCACCCAGGUGCAGGAUGAAGGGAAGGAUAAGCAUGGGCAGGAGAAGGCUCCGGUCACUGCUAUAGCUCAGGAUGGGGGACAGGCAGAGCCUGGGAAGCAGAAGUCUGUGGGAGAGGCUGGAGGAGGGAAGGCAGAGCCAGCAGGGGAGACAGCCCCGACUGCUCCAAAGCCUGGGGAUGGAACGAAGGCAGCGCUGGCAGAGGAGGCUUCAGCUGCGCAGCAUGAUGGAAGGCAGGCAGCACCUGCAGAGGAGAUGGUGCCAGCUGCCACCAAGGCUCAGGAUGGAGGGAAGGACAAGCCUGUGAAGGAGCAAGCCCCUAGUGGGUUAGAAGCUGAGGGUGGUGGGAAAGCACAGCCUACGGAGGAGGCAGUUCUGUCUGCAUCGGAGGCUGAAGGAGGGAAAGCAAAACCCACAGAGGAGACAGCCUUGGCUGCAACACAAGCUCAGGAUGGAGGCAAAGAAGAGUCUGCGAAGGAGAAAACCACAGCUGCUGCAAAGGAGAAGGCCCCAGCUCCUGCAAAAGCUCAGAAUGGAGGGAAGAAAGCCCCAAAGACAGAGAAAACCCCAGCUGAUAAAAAACCUGCAAAGGAGAAGGCUCCAGCUACUGUAAAGCCUCAGGAUGGAAAGAGUAAAGUAGCAAAGGCAGAAAAAGCCCCAGCUGCAAAAAAGGCUCAAGAUGGAGGCAAAGAAGAACCUGCAAAGGAGAAAUGCACAGCUCCUGCAAAGGAGAACACCCCAGAUUCUGCCAAGGCUCAGGAUGGAGAGAAGGCAGCAGCAAAGGCAGGGAAAACCCCAGCUGCAAUGAAGCCUCAAGAUGGAAGCAAAGAGCCUGCAAAGGAGAAACCCCUGGCUACUGCAAAGGUGCAGGAUGGAGGGAAGAAAGCUGCAAAGGUGGAAAACCCCACAGUUGCAUCAAAGGCCAAGGAUGGAGGCAAAGAAGAACCUGCAAAGGAGAAGGCUCCAGCUACUGUAAAGGCUCAGGAUGGAGAGGAGGCAGUAGCAAAGCUAGAGAAAAACCCAGCUGCAAAAAAGGCUCAAGAUGGAGGCAAAGAGAAGCCUGCAAAGGAGAAAGUCCCAGUUGCUGCACAGAUGCAGGAUGGAGAGAAAGCAGCAGCAAAGGCAGGGAAAACCCCAGCUGCAAAGAAGUCUCAAGAUGGAAGCAAAGAGCCUGCAAAGGAGAAAGCCCUGGCUGAUGCAAAGGUGCAGGAUGGAGGGAAGAAACCUGCAAAGGUGGAACCCCCGCCAGCUGCCGCAGAGGCUGGGGAUGGAGGCGAGGAGCCCACAGAGGCAGCGGCCAUGGCUGCUGUGGAGGCUCUGGGUGAAGGGGAGAAAGUGGCAAAGGCAGAGGAGACAGAUGAGCAGCAGCAGCGGAGGGGCCCUGAACCCCUGCGCCCAGCUCUGCUGCAGAGCCUGAGCUGCCCAGCUACCUGCCAAAGGGAGGAGCAGCCCUGGGUGGAGGCGGCAGCAAUGGAGAUGAUACCAGAGGAGACCGUGGUGGUGGAGCCGAGAGAGGGUCCGACAGAGCCUGGCCCUGCCCCGCCAGCCCUGGGGGACCUGCAGCCCCCGGAGGCCCCCAUCCCUGCAGGGAGCCCUGGCACCCCGCAGGAGAGGACAUUGCCCAGUCCCGCGGGGCAGCCCCCGGUUCCUACUGGGGCCACAGAGCAACCUGGCCCCGGGGCGCAGCCCUCCUCAACGGAGGCAGAGCCACCCCCCAGCCCCUACCUCACCCCCGAUUUUGGGAAGGAAGACCCUUUUGAGAUACUGGAUGACGUCCCUCCGCCACCAGCACCCUUUGCGCACCGCAUUGUCACCCUACGAUCAGCCAACGUCAGCUCUCAGUUCAACCUCAGCUCUAAGGACAUCCUGGGAGGGGGCAAGUUCGGUGAAGUCCACACGUGCACGGAGAAGCAGACAGGGCUCAAGCUGGCAGCUAAAGUGAUCCGGAAGCAGGGUGCCAAGGACAAGGAGAUGGUACUGCUGGAGAUCGACGUGAUGAACCAGCUGAACCACCGCAACCUCAUCCAGCUCUAUGACGCUAUUGAGACGCCUCGGGAGAUCAUCCUUUUCAUGGAGUUUGUGGAGGGUGGCGAGCUCUUCGAGCGGAUCAUCGAUGACGAUUACCACCUGACAGAGGUGGACUGCAUGGUGUUCGUCCGGCAGAUCUGCGAGGGCAUCCGCUUCAUGCACCACAUGCGCGUCCUCCACCUUGACCUCAAGCCCGAGAACAUCCUCUGCGUUGCUGCCACCGGCCACAUGGUGAAGAUCAUCGACUUUGGGCUGGCUCGAAGGUACAACCCCCAGGAGAAGCUGAAAGUGAACUUUGGCACCCCUGAAUUCCUCUCUCCCGAGGUGGUCAACUACGAGCAGGUCUCCUACUCCACAGACAUGUGGAGCAUGGGUGUCAUCACCUACAUGCUGCUCAGCGGCCUCUCCCCCUUCUUGGGUGACAAUGACACUGAGACGCUAAACAACGUUCUGGCUGCCAACUGGUACUUUGACGAAGAAACCUUUGAGAGUGUCUCUGAUGAGGCCAAGGACUUCGUCUCAAACCUCAUCAUCAAGGAGAAGAGUGCCCGGAUGAGUGCCGGCCAGUGCCUGCAGCAUCCUUGGCUCAACAACCUGGCAGAAAAGGCCAAGCGCUGCAACCGCCGGCUCAAGUCCCAGGUCUUGCUCAAGAAAUACGUCAUGCGGCGGCGCUGGAAGAAAAACUUCAUUGGGGUGUGUGCUGCCAACCGCUUCAAGAAGAUCACCAGCUCGGGGUCACUGACAGCACUGGGUGUCUGAGCGGGGGCUCCCGGGGUGAGCCAAAUGUGAGUUGAGGCCAGAGAGGAACUGCUUGAGAGGGUCCCACAUCAGUCUUGCUUCUGGAUGGCAGCAGGAUCUUGCUGGGGUCAGCCACUGCCUGCUUCCCACUGUGGGGGCCAGGGGCUGGAGCCACGCAGCACCCUCCCUGCCUAUGCUGCUGCCAAAUGGCUUCUCUGGACCCUCUUCCACUGUGGUGUGUGCUGCACCCCUGCUCCGUGCCACUGCCACUGCGGGAGCUGCUCUGCUGCAUCCCCUGGGGCUGCACCCUGCCUUGGCACCCAGCGGCUGCAGGACUGCUCAGGGGCCGGGACCUGGCAGAGCUCCUCACCUGCACCCACCUCUGUGAAGCCGCUCUGCCAAGCUCAUCCCACCCCAGGUGGCAUUGCUGCACUGGGCACCCGCUGCUGGGGACGCCGGCAGUGCCUCCUGGGCUCCCGGGGCUCCAGCCCUCCCAUUGAGCCAAUGCUCCCAUCUGGAUUUCCUCGGACUGCGAGGCCGCUCCUGAGCAGUGGUUUCCGAUCUCAUCCCUGGCCCGGCUGCGUGAUGCCUGACCCACAGCACCUCUGCUCCGCUUGUGUUUCCUUCCUGUGGCCUUGGAGGAGAAAGGUCAGCCCGGUGUGAGCCCGCUGCCUGGGCCGCCCUGUGCGCUUGCUGCUACCUUGGACCCAAGACUUGUGCGCUCUGCCUGUAAAUGCUGCAGCCCUGCCCUGCCUUUGCUGUCGCUGGACCUCGAGCUGCCCGACCUCCCUUCCCAGCACUGUGGCUCAGUGUAGGGAUGCCGGAGGGCAGGUGUGGACCUGCAACCCUGGUGCUUUGGCACCAGAGCCGGGGCCGAAGUGCCUCCUCCCUGACGGGCCAGGCAUGCGGGAGUGGAGCUGGCCCGGAGCUGCAGCUCGCACAGGAAGGGAGGAAGCAGCGAGCAUGCUUCCAGCAGCAUCCCCAGCUGGGAGCCAGCGAGGGAAGAAGGAGGCUUUGUGUUCCUCCUGCCCUCCCUGCCCUUCAGCUCUGCCAGCGGGGGAAAAACACAACCUCUGCCUCACCCGUCCCCGCCAGAUCAAGAUGAGCGAGGCGUCCUAAUGUAGAGCAGCUGGACCGUGCUCCCCCGCUGCCGCAAGCAUCGCUCCAGCCCCGACCACCAACACACAGGAACUGCCGGUCGGUGGCUGUGGCUGCCAGCUCCCCCACCGCACGUGGGGGCUUCCCGGGACUGGCUGGGCUGUGGGAGGCGGGUGCUGCCCCAACUCCUCCACCUCGCCCAGACCCCCUUCCCCUCUGCCUGCACCCCUUGGGGCUGCCUGGUGCUGCCAAAGGAUGGGAAUCCCCUGGGCUUUGCAGCUUUCAGCCUUGCCCACUGCGGAGGGGGCUGGGGGGCGAGUGGGGGGUCCCGGGCUCUCCCUGCCCUCCGCUUUGGCUUUUGCUGUGGCCAAGCUCCAUGAAGCCACGGCUUUGUGUUUGCUCUGGGGCUGCUUGUGCCCUCUGUGCCUGCUGGAAAAACCCUGGGGAGAGAUGGGGGAGGCACCAGCCCCCCAGCCCCACUGGCUGCAGCAGGUGAAGGGGCUUCGGGCUCAUCCCCACUGGGCUGGGGACACGGCUCAUGGGGCUGGAGUCCUGCCCAGCUCUCGCCUUCUUGUAAAUAAAUGUACAGGUCUGCUCGCA